AUGGGCCCUUUGAUCUACUCUGCCGUGUUUGAUGGCAGCAAAGUACUGGCCGAAUACGAGGCCCAGACCGGUCCCGGGCGGAAACUUGGGAUUGCAAUAGCGUCCAAAGCCUCUCCAGGGACGCAGAUGAGCUACACUGCCGGAUCUCUGUCGGGGCACUACCUGGCCCGUAGCGACAAUGCAGUGUUUGUUGCUGUAUGUGACCAGACAGUACCUCGGCGGGUUCCGUUCGCGUUGCUGCAAAAGCUGGACAGCGCCAUUCCGAAUCUUGCUGAUGCCAACAUCUUCAAGUUCUUGCAAGAGACCUGCGAGGGCCUGGAUGGGUCCGAUGGACUGCAAUUGGCGAGACAGGAAAUCGACCAGGUGCGGAACGUGGUUGUCGAAAACAUUGACCAUCUCAUGGAGCGCGGAGAGCGGUUGUCGCUGCUAGUUGACCGUACAAACGAUAUGAACUCUAACGCUGAGCUGUUUAGACGGCGAACCCACGCGGUCAGCCGCAAGUUCUGGUGGCAAAACGCGAGGAUGGCCACGAUUGCCCUCGCCACGAUCGGCGGUGUUCUAUUUUUCCUGUACGAACUAUUCCGCGUGUAG